GCUCCCGCCGGCGCAGCUCCGUGACAGGUGCACGGUUGCGGGUGGAGACCCACCUGCGGCGGCCGCCGACAUGCCCACGAUGCGGAGGACGGUGUCCGAGAUCCGCUCCCGCGCGGAGGGUUAUGAGAAAACAGAUGAUGUUUCAGAGAAGACUUCACUGGCUGAUCAAGAGGAAGUGCGGACUAUAUUUAUCAACCAGCCACAGCUGACAAAAUUCUGCAAUAACCAUGUCAGCACUGCAAAAUACAACAUAAUUACAUUCCUCCCAAGAUUUCUCUACUCUCAGUUCAGAAGAGCUGCUAAUUCAUUUUUCCUCUUUAUUGCACUGCUUCAGCAAAUACCUGAUGUAUCACCAACAGGCCGCUACACAACACUGGUUCCUCUGUUAUUUAUUUUAGCUGUGGCAGCCAUCAAAGAGAUAAUAGAAGAUAUUAAACGACAUAAAGCUGAUAAUGCUGUGAACAAGAAACAGACACAAGUUUUGAGAAAUGGUGCUUGGGAAAUUGUACACUGGGAAAAGGUAAAUGUUGGAGAUAUAGUUAUAAUAAAAGGCAAAGAGUUUAUACCUGCUGACACUGUACUUCUCUCAUCAAGUGAGCCCCAGGCCAUGUGCUACAUUGAAACAUCCAACUUAGAUGGUGAAACAAACCUGAAAAUCAGACAGGGCUUGCCAGCAACAUCAGACAUAAAGGACAUAGACAAUUUGAUGAGAAUUUCUGGCAGAAUCGAGUGUGAAAGUCCAAAUAGACAUCUCUAUGAUUUUGUUGGAAACAUAAGACUUGAUGGAUUUGGCACUGUUCCGCUGGGAGCAGAUCAGAUUCUUCUUCGAGGUGCUCAGUUGAGAAAUACACAGUGGGUUCAUGGGAUAGUUGUCUACACUGGACAUGACACCAAGCUGAUGCAGAAUUCCACAAGUCCACCACUUAAACUCUCAAAUGUGGAACGAAUAACAAAUGUACAGAUACUGAUUUUAUUUUGUAUCUUAAUUGCCAUGUCUCUUAUUUGUUCUGUGGGCUCAGCCAUUUGGAAUAGCAGGCAUUCUGGAAAGGACUGGUAUCUCAAUUUAAACUAUGGCGGCGCUAAUAAUUUUGGACUGAAUUUCUUGACCUUCAUCAUCCUUUUCAACAAUCUCAUUCCUAUCAGUUUGCUGGUUACAUUAGAAGUGGUAAAAUUUACCCAGGCAUACUUCAUAAAUUGGGAUCUUGACAUGCACUAUGAACCCACAGACACUGCUGCUAUGGCUCGAACAUCUAAUCUGAAUGAGGAACUUGGCCAGGUAAAAUACAUAUUUUCUGACAAGACUGGUACUCUGACAUGCAAUGUGAUGCAGUUUAAGAAGUGCACCAUAGCCGGAGUUGCUUAUGGGCAGAGCUCACAGUUAGGAGAUGAAAAAACAUUUAAUGAUUCAUCAUUGCUGGAAAAUCUACAAAAUAAUCAUCCAACUGCACCUAUAAUAUGUGAAUUUCUUACAAUGAUGGCAGUUUGUCACACAGCAGUGCCAGAGCGAGAAGGUGAUAAAAUUAUUUAUCAAGCAGCAUCUCCAGAUGAGGGAGCCUUGGUCAGAGCAGCCAAGCAACUGAAUUUUGUUUUCACUGGAAGAACACCCGACUCAGUGAUCAUAGAUUCACUGGGACAGGAAGAACGAUAUGAAUUGCUCAAUGUCCUGGAGUUCACCAGUGCUAGAAAAAGAAUGUCUGUGAUUGUUCGCACUCCAUCCGGAAAACUACGUCUUUACUGCAAAGGAGCUGACACUGUGAUUUAUGAUCGACUGGCAGAGACUUCAAAACAUAAAGAAAUUACCCUAAAACAUUUAGAACAGUUUGCUACAGAAGGGCUAAGAACUUUGUGUUUUGCUGUGGCUGAGAUCUCCGAGAGUGACUUCCAGGAGUGGCGAGUGGUCUACGAGCGCGCGUCCACGUCCAUUCAGAACAGGCUGCUCAAGCUUGAAGAGAGCUAUGAGCUGAUUGAGAAGAAUCUGCAACUUCUUGGAGCUACAGCCAUUGAGGAUAAAUUACAAGAUCAAGUGCCUGAAACCAUAGAAACGCUGAUGAAGGCGGACAUCAAAAUCUGGAUCCUUACAGGGGACAAACAAGAAACUGCCAUUAACAUUGGACAUUCCUGCAAGCUUUUGAGGAAGAACAUGGGAAUGAUUGUUAUAAAUGAAGGUUCUCUUGAUGGAACAAGGGAAACUCUUAGUCGUCAUUGUACUACCCUUGGUGAUGCUCUUCGGAAAGAGAAUGAUUUUGCUCUUAUCAUUGAUGGAAAAACCCUCAAGUAUGCCUUAACAUUUGGAGUACGGCAGUACUUCCUGGACUUAGCUUUGUCGUGCAAAGCUGUUAUUUGCUGCAGGGUUUCUCCUCUUCAAAAAUCUGAAGUCGUUGAGAUGGUUAAGAAACAAGUCAAAGUCAUAACGCUUGCGAUUGGUGAUGGAGCAAAUGAUGUCAGCAUGAUCCAGACGGCGCAUGUUGGCGUUGGUAUAAGCGGCAAUGAAGGCCUUCAGGCGGCUAAUUCUUCUGAUUACUCCAUCGCUCAGUUCAAAUAUUUGAAGAAUUUAUUGAUGGUUCAUGGUGCCUGGAACUAUAACAGAGUCUCCAAGUGCAUUCUGUAUUGCUUCUACAAGAAUAUAGUCCUCUAUAUUAUUGAGAUCUGGUUUGCCUUUGUUAAUGGAUUUUCGGGACAGAUCCUCUUUGAGAGAUGGUGUAUAGGACUUUACAACGUGAUGUUUACAGCCAUGCCUCCUUUAACACUUGGAAUAUUUGAGAGAUCAUGCAGAAAAGAGAAUAUGUUGAAGUAUCCUGAAUUAUACAAAACAUCUCAGAAUGCCCUGGACUUCAACACCAAGGUUUUCUGGGUUCAUUGUUUAAAUGGCCUCUUCCACUCAGUUAUUCUGUUUUGGUUUCCACUAAAAGCCCUUCAGUAUGGUACUGUAUUUGGAAAUGGGAAGACCUCUGAUUACCUGCUUUUGGGAAACUUUGUUUAUACUUUUGUGGUAAUAACUGUGUGUUUGAAAGCUGGACUGGAGACAUCUUAUUGGACAUGGUUCAGCCAUAUAGCAAUCUGGGGCAGCAUUGCACUCUGGGUGGUGUUUUUUGGAAUCUACUCAUCUCUGUGGCCUGCUGUUCCAAUGGCUCCCGACAUGUCAGGAGAGGCAGCCAUGUUGUUUAGCUCCGGAGUCUUUUGGAUGGGACUGUUAUUUAUCCCCGUGGCAUCUCUGCUCCUUGAUGUGGCUCACAAGGUUAUUAAGAGGACAGCUUUUAAAACAUUAGUAGAUGAAGUUCAGGAGCUGGAGGCAAAAUCUGAAGACCCAGGAGCAGUUGUGCUUGGAAAAAGCCUCACAGAGAGGGCACAGCUGCUCAAGAACGUCUUUAAGAAAAACCACGUGAACUUAUACCGAUCUGAGUCACUGCAACAGAACCUGCUCCAUGGCUACGCCUUCUCUCAAGAUGAAAAUGGCAUUGUUUCACAGUCAGAAGUCAUCAGAGCCUAUGACACCACAAAGCAGAGACCCGAUGAGUGGUGACAGGGAGAGGCUGCAAGGCAGGCUCUGCUGAGUCUCUGAGGAGCACUCCCAUGUCUUCCCGGAAUCUGCUGACCAAUCCCAGCCUGGUGCAAGGAGGGGAAAGAUGGAUCCGAGCUCACCUCAUUGACUGACAGUCAGAUUCGUGUGUAUUAUAGACAUAAGCACUGUGCGGCGAUACUGUAAUACCAUCUCUCUCCAGUUCUUCAGAGUAUCUGCUAAGUCUUUGUAAACAGAAACCGAAAAUACUUUCGUAAAUUGAGAAUAGGUCAGUAUUCUUUGCCCUCAUCCUGGGGCUGUAAUUAUCAAUGUAUUGGAUAGACCACAGAAGACGAUUCAAAAAUUCUAAAAUAGUAAUAAGGGAGAGGGGCUCUUGAUAUCCGGACUUAGAUUUCAGGAUAUGCUGAAAAGAAACCAGCAUUCUUAAGGAACUGACUCACCUUACUGAGCAAAAUUUCUAAACAAGACAUUACUAAGUGUUUGUGUCAAAAACUGUCUCGAUAAAUGUUUGCCAAAGAACUUCAAUACGUGUAUUUUUCAUUCAGUAGUCAUUUGCCCAGAAAUUUAAAGAAAGUUUACUUCCAGUUCUGCUGUAAGAUCUGCAUGCUCGACUUUUCAAAUGUAAGAGUGGUUUGCAAAAAUCAGUAUUUCAAGGCAUUUGCUACUAAAAUCUGUGAUGUUGCACCUUUGGCCUUACAAACGCUUCUUUCUUGUCUGUCUUGUUUGAGAGAGCACACGUGGUAAUGUGAAUUUGUUAUUAUGAUACUGAUUUUUAAAACCGUAUUUGUGUCUCAGUCAUUUCUGAUGAGAUUUCAUGCCAUUUAGACUUUUCUAAAAAUUUGGAUUCUAUUGUAGACUGAGUGCUAUCAUUUUGUCUUAGAGUUUCCUCUCAAGAAAAAUAUGCUUAAGUAUUUAUGUGAGAUUUCCAAUGCUUCUAUGGAGAUAUUGGGAAUACCACAUCAGAUAAGUGCAUGGGCUUUUGUAAUGUAUGUGGGCUCUGCUUCUGUAGGGUGUCUUGGUUCUCCCCAGUUGUCUCCCCAGAGACGUCUGCUGUGUUAUCUAGCACACCCCAUGUUAAGGUGACUGCCCCCACACCUAAGACUGAGAAUUACUUCAGAGUUCACUUGGCAAGCAGCUCCCGAAUUUAGUCACAUGCUGCUCAUUGGGCAAAUUAGUAGUGUAUUUUCCCCAUUUUAAAAACAUGUAUUUUAUUCAAGCCUAUAACUCUACAAGGAACACUUUUCAUCAUGAGUAGAUUUCACUGAUGUUUUAAAAUGUAUGUUCAGUUUAUUUUCCGCACUUCCAAGACAUCUUCUGAAGAUGCCUAUUUUGCUACCAAUAAAAAUUGGUGAAGGGGCUGUUGAAAAAUCACAACUAGUUUUCUACACUAUUUUUAAAAUAAUGCUUUCAUUUAGAAAAAAGGAAUUCUAGUUUUCAGAUGCACUUCAGAGACUGAAGCAAACUUUUUGCCUUUUAUUCAAAAGCCUGUUUGCCUUUAUGUGGACUUACCAGCAAAAUUGGUAGAACUUCCUCUCUUAAAAAAAAUAAUAACAGUCAACUAAAAUUAAGUGAUUUUCCAAAUCACUCCUUGAGUUUAAUAAUUUCACAUUCUUUUCAUCCUUUUUCUCAACCUAUCAACAGAUUUAAAAUUAGGCAAGUAUCAUUUCCUAAUGGGUAUUUUUGCCUCCCACAUUUUCUACAAAUAAGAGAGGUUAGAACAUAUAAAUAAUGCUAACUAAAGAGGCAAGGAGUUGGGGUGUUUCAGUUCCCAGACCUUCCCAUUUGGGGUUCAGAUUAAGAGAAUCAUGAAUCAAAACACAGGUAUAAGAGUCAAAAAAUCAUCUUCAAACUUUCAAAGGCACAGUUUUCUCUACCACAUGGAUAUUCAGAGCACCUUCUCCUGUGUCUCUAUUGUGAUAGUUGCUGUCAAACUCCCCAAAAAACAAAGAAAAAAAGAAUGAAGUCCAUCCCUCCAGAGAAACCCUUUGUAGCUGUUUGCAUUUACCCCUGCCUCAUCAGUGGUGUCCUUUUCCAAAAUUUUAAUAUCAAAAUGUUCUCACUGGCAUAGAUCUGAAUAUUCUGACUUAUGAAAAAUAAAAGUCUUUUUCUUGAAACCUGGACUGUUUCUAUGGAAGUCUUAAAUGUGAGUUGACUACUUCUGGAGUAAUUUAAUGUAUACGACUGAAAUAGAACUGAUUUUUUUCCCUUUUGUCCCAUGGUUUUAUUUUUGAAUUAUCAGCAUUAAGUCAAGCUCUGUGCUUCUUGGGUGGGAGUUAAGGGUGAGCAACAGAGAAUGGCCUCUUGGUAAAACUGAAAAUAUAACAUUGCAAUUGCAGUGACCUUAUAGUGUUAAAUUAGAGAAAGCCCUGUGAUUUUUUUCCUAAGCCUUCCUGAAGGGGAAAAAGUUAAUACGGUUUUACCAGAAGUAAACAGUCAAAGUGACUUUUGACAUAUAUUUUCUGAAAUAAAGGACACAUUACUCUUCAAUUAAAAAGUCACUUGUAGGGACCCUGGUAAAUGUGCCCUUGCUUUACAAUGUUUACAAUUCAGAAAAUGCUAUAAAGCAGUAAACCCUAUUCAUUUCUCAUUGAAAAGCUAAGAAUUGCUUCUCUAAUAUUGACUAGUACACAGUGAUAUUGAGCAUGAACUUUCUAAGUGUUUUAUAUAUGCUUAUAAAAAUACGGUGUCUCCUACCCAGAAAGAUGCUCUAUGGUAGAAGUUAUUAGCAGAAAAUAGUGUUUCUCAGGAAUGUAGUAAAUUUUAAACGAUAAAUGUGCUGCCCACCUCCCCACACCCCUGUUUCACAUCUAACAUGAGCCUGCGUCAGCAGGUUUGCAAAGUUAAUGGAAAACUUCCUCUAAUCAAGUCAGGUGAGCGUGUAUUCUGCUCAUUAAUAUUAGCCAUUCACAUGAAUUGUAUGAUCGUUUAAUGGAAUCAGUGAUUCCUCUUAAUUUUCAGGGGAAAAUGAAUUCUAGAAAUCAACAUUAAAUUUUUAUCUUAAUUUCACCGUUCAGCAUUCUAAAUAUCUAUGUGAAAGUCAUAAUUUGUUCUGCCUUUCGUACACUGGCGUCACUUAAGUCAGCUGAAAUAUGCUUUCAAGAAAUGAAUGGUAGUCUGAAAGUAAUAGAUUGUAUAUUUAUAGUUUUUAAAUUAUUUAUACCAAUGUCAUAAUUACUGUAAGGUUAAAUAAUCAUUUGUUUUUACUUUUGUGCAGUUCCCUCAUGUUAGUUCCUGUUUUUAAAAUUUAUUUCAUCAAAUAAAUCUCUAAUCUUAUAAUCAUCUACAAAAUUCAUCAAGAAAACAUCCACCUCACUCACAUCAACGGACCAGGUCUAUGAAAUUCUUUUUGUAAAUGACUUAAUGUAACACAUGCAGUUUGGUGCCUAAUAGAUGCUUUUUAAUGAUGAACAUUUCUAUAAUGCCUCUUAAAGAUCCUAGUCUGAUUUUUCUCACAUUAAAAUAAAUGAAGUCACUUGUGGAACUUAGUUAUACUUUGCUGCAUUUUAAUUAACCUUCAACAGCUAUUAAAGUGGAAUUUAAGUUACAUUUUGAAGGAAAGGAAAUAAAUGUUUUCCAUUUUUCGUCUUGAUUUAUUUUCUGUAUGACAGCAGCUGUGUUUUUGAUAGGUUUAUGGUUUGCAUGAAUUAAUAUUUAGAGUGGUCCAGGCCAAUGCAUGGUUAUUGCUGUAAAUCUUGAUGUUUAUUUCUGCCUUAUAAAAUUCUAUCAUGGCCUACCUGGAAUUCAAUAUUCCAUGGACAAUUAAUUGGUCCUCUAUACAAUUUUUUCUUAAUAAGUGAAUUAUUUUAAAAGCAAAUUUGAACACAUUUUAUUGAAACUUUUGUUUACCUUACCUCUAAGAACUUUUCUUAAUAAAGCUCACAAAACUUCUCAGCAAAUAAAUCUCCCUUAAGUAGGAAAAAAGCUAGAUUUCAUACUUGCUUACUUUGAAUUAACAACAAUUUUCCAUAGAUAAAUCUGCUUUUGCAAAGAUGUGAGCAGAAUAUAUAGAAAAAUAAAUAUUUUUAUGUUUAGUGGGUCUAGAAUAGAAGCCAUAAAUGCAGUAAAUACUGUUUGUUGUUUGUUUAACUACUUCAAGCUUCAUUUUUCACAUUUUCAAAUUUAUUAGGUUAAGAAAAGGCAGCCUUGGAAGGCAGCUACUAUGGAAAAUUGCAGUUUGCAUUAAAGAUAAUAUAGUAUUUUCAGCUCCAUGAAAAACCAUUCCUGCUGAAACUGCUGUAGAAAUUGUGAAGCUGCAUGAGUGGAGAGUAUUGAAUCUGUGAUUUUAGUAGUUUUCUCAGGUUUGUUUAUCUCAAUGUUCAAUGCACUGUGUUUUAUAAAUAGUUAUUAAAGUUGAGUAAUAUUCAAUUCUUUGCAGUGUUAAGUGUCAUUGGCCUUUUGUGAAUAUGCAUGUUUUAAACUGCAAAUUUUAAACAUUUUGUCCUCUAAUUGUUAUUAAAAAUGAAAUAAACUUUACCAUUAC